CUAAGUUUCAAAUUCUCUUCCAAACAGGACUGUCCUGUAUGAAUGUUGCCCUGGAUAUAUGGCUAUGAAUGGUCAACCAGGAUGUCCUGCAGUUGCUCCUAUUGACCACGUAUAUGGAACUCUUGGAAUUGUGGGGGCUAGAACAACACAAGAUUACUCAGAGAAGUCUGAACUGAAGAGUGAAAUUGAAGGAGUUGGCUCCUUUACUUUCUUUGCACCUAGCAAUGAUGCAUGGGACCUGCUGGAUCCUGAAAUCCGUGCAUCAUUGCUGAGCAAUGUGAAUAUUGAGCUGCUGAAUGCUCUGCAUUAUCAUAUGCUGGACAGAAGAAUGCUGACCAAGGAUCUUAAGAAUGGAAUGACUCUGAUAUCUAUGUUCAAUAAGCAACCUCUCCAGAUAAACCAUUACACUAAUGGGAUUGUUACAGUUAACUGUGCAAGAAUUAUUCAUGGUAACCAGAUUGCUACAAACGGUGUUGUUCAUGUAAUUGACCGUGUUGUCACAGCUGUUGGAAACACCAUUGAGGACUUUAUUGAUGCUGAGGAUGAUCUGUCAUCUCUUAGAACUGCUGCUAUUGCUUCAGAUCUCAUGGGGAAACUUGGAAAACCCGGUCAGUACACUCUGUUCGCUCCUACUGAUGAGGCUUUCGAGAAGCUUCCACGAAAUGUUCUGGAAAGGAUUAUGGCUGACAAAAAGGCAGCUGAGGCCCUGGUGAACUAUCACAUUCUGGACACUGUCCAGUGUUCUGAGGCCAUCAUGGGAGGAGGAGUUUAUGAUACCUUGGAAGGAAGCCCACUGCAGAUUGGAUGCGAUGGAGACAGCUUGACUAUAAAUGGCAAGAAACUGGUCAACAGGAAGGAUAUAGUUACUAGCAAUGGUGUCAUUCACUUGAUUGAUGAGGUUCUCAUUCCUGACUCUGCUAAGCAAGUUUUGGAAUUGGCAGGAAGCCAACAGACCACUUUCACUGACCUCAUGGCCCAAAUGGGACUGGCAGCCUCUCUAAAGGCAGAUUCAGAAUUCACUCUCCUGGCACCAUUAAAUGAUGCUUUCUCUGAGGAAACAAUGAGAAUGGAUCAACGUCUCCUUAAACUCAUUCUGCAGAAUCACAUCAUCAAGCAAAAAGUUUGUUCUUAAUAGCCUUUACAAUGGACAGGUCUUGGAAACCCUAGGUGGAAAGACUCUGAGAGUGUUUGUCUACCGCACUGCUGUAUGCAUUGAAAACUCCUGCAUGAUUCGUGGAAGCAAAGAGGGAAGAAAUGGUGCCAUUCACGCCUUCAAACAAAUCAUCAAGCCUGCUGAGAAAUCAUUCUUUGACAUCUUGAGCCUUGAUAGGCGUUUCAGCAUUUUCCUAGAUUUGAUCCAACAUGCAGAUCUGAAAGAGCUUCUUUCAGGACCUGGAGCCUGGACCCUCCUCAUCCCUACCAAUGAUGCCUUCAAAGACCUUAGCAGCAGCGAUAUUGAAUUUCUGAAAAAUAACAAGCUUGCCCUGCAGAACAUUCUUCUCUACCAUCUGGCCCCAGGAGUAUUCAUUGGUGGUGGAUUUGAGCCUGGUGUAACCAACAUUGUGAAAUCUCUCCAAGGAAAGAACCUUAUGUUUAAACUUGUAAAUGACUCCAUUAGCAUCAAUGGUGUUGCCUCUAAGGAGAAAGAUCUAAUGGCUACCAAUGGUGUGAUUCAUGUAGUAGAUAAGCUUCUCUUCCCUGCAGAUGGGGCCAUUGGUGAUGAUAGACUGCUUGGAAUUCUAAAUAAAAUCAUCAAGUACAUUACAAUCAGGUAUGACCGGGGCUUCAAAUUCCAGGAAAUCCCCCUGACCAGAUACAUCACAAAAACUAUUACUACAAAGGUCAUCUCAGAGCCAAAAGUAAUCACAAAAGUAAUUGGUGGCGGGACUGAGACAAUUCGCAGAGUCAUCCCAGGAGAUGGGCUUAUGGAUCAAGAAUUCUUUGUGGAAGGAGACUCAGAGUCAACCAUUACUAGAGUUACAAAAGUUGUUGAAGGAAAACCUGAAGUCAGAGUAAUCCCUGGAGGAGAAACCAGAAUUACUAAAGUUAUCCAUGGAGGCCCUGAAAUAAAAUACACUCGUGUCUCCACUGGUCUCGGAGGUGAUAUUAGUGAUGAUGAACUCAAAAGGAGACUAGAGGAAGAACCUCAGACCAGGAAAGUACAGACUGUCAGAAGGAUACAAGGACCAACAGUGAGAAGAAAGCAAAGGAGAAGUCACAAGUCAUAA